AUGCACAUCGACCUUGCCAUUUCCAUCACAGCGAACAAACAAGCCUGGAGUAUGACCGGCUUCCUGCUCGUGGGGAAGAAUUGGGCGUAUCCUCGCGGAGAUGGUCGUGUCAGAAGAGAUCUCGCUCUCGUUUCCAUUCUUCGUUUGUCCAGCAACGGGGUUUGGCUUGAACUCCCUGACUUUCUCAACAAAGAAAGCCUUGUGUUCGGCGAGAGAAGUCGGAAGUGCCAUACCUCCAAUUACCUGCAACACUUUGCUGUCGGUUCUGGGUAUUUAGCAUCUCACGACUCAGCAAAGCAACCCACCAGGCAACCACUUCAACUUCUCUUGGCCUUUUUAGUUUUUUGA